AUGCAGUCAGGCAUAUCCGUCUCGAAGGAGCUCCGAGAUGCCUUCUCCAGCUUCAACUCCGAUCCCAGACUCUUCUGCCUCCCAGUAACCAUCACAGGCGAAAGCCUCACUCCACAAACCGCAAUCCCCUUCUCUGGAUCCAAUGACAGCCCAGCGGACUUCUACGCCUGCAUCCCUAAGCUAUCCAGCAUCCUGCAGCCCAAGACCCCCAUCUACCUCCUACUCCGGCGCCCGACAGCAGAUUCAUCGAGCCUCGUCGCCCUGACGUACAUCCCCUACAAUGCACCAGUCCGUCCGAAGAUGCUCUUCGCCUCCACUCGCUCGACGCUGGUUCGCGAGCUAGGAACGGAGAAGUUCACCUCGAACGUGUUUGCUACUGAGGAAGAGGAGGUUGUUGGCGAAACUUCGUGGCGUGAGCGGGAUGGGGAGUUGCCAGGUGGUGUUAAACGGGAGGAAAUGAUGAGCGAGAAGGAGCGGCAGCUUGAGGCUGUGAGGAUAGCUGAGGCUGAGGCUCGUAGUGGAACGCCGCAGCGUGAUAUUGGGAUUGGAGGUACCUUUGGUCCCGGCUCUGGGUCUGGCAUGGAAAUCAAUAUGUCUGUGGAUGAAGAGGCCAUUAAAGCUUUGGUUGAUAUUGAGGAGGCUGGGCUUGUGCAAUGGACGGUUGAUGUGCGCACAGAAAGUAUUAUCCUCGUCGAUGCUAAGACCUGCGUUGAUGCGGGCUCAGUGGCUACCCACAUCGACUCGGCCUCGCCCCGCUAUUCCUUCUAUCAACACCCCGGGUCGGAAUCUGUUGUGUUCGUGUAUACCUGCCCCAGUGGCUCGUCGAUCAAAGAGCGCAUGUUGAACGCCAGCUCGCGGAGAACUGUAAUCACGGUUGCCGAUCAACAGUGUCUCAAGGGUACCAAGACUUUGAAGAAGAUCGAGGCUUCUUCACCGGACGAGAUCACCGCAGAGCGAUUGCAGGAAGAGGUUGACCCGCCGAAAGACCAGGGCAUUUCACGAGGAUUUGCCCGACCCCGUCGCCCGGGCCGGUAG